UAAUCAAAUUGACCACUCAAUUGUACUUUACAGUUUGUGAUACACAAUCAACAAAACUCAAAUCAAAAUGAAAUUCGUUAUUGUAUUAGCCGCCCUCGUUGCCUGCGCUCUUGCCAAACCAGUCGAAGACAAAAAUGUGGAAGUUGUACGAUACGACAAUAACAAUAUUGGAGUUGGUGCAUACGAUGUAAAUGUUGAAUUAUCUGAUGGACAAGUUCGUUCAGAACAUGCUGAAGUAGUAAACCCAGGAACUGACGAACAAUUCUUACGUGUUACUGGUCAAUUCAAAUACUUGGUCGAUGGUGUUGAAUUUUUAGUCAAAUACUACGCUGAUGACACUGGUUUCCACGCUGAAGGUGCUCAUUUACCAAAAGAACAAUAAAUUAGACCAAUUGCCAUUCCCAACUGAUAUUAGACUUUAAUUUAUGAUAUGUUGUGUUUUAUGUUAUGACGCGAAGGAAGAGUGUUAUUGAAGUUUUGUACAUUUUAAUUUUAUAAAAUGAAAAAUGAAAAAACAAGCAAAUAA